AUGUUUGCUUGCCGUGGAUUCAAGCAGUUCAAUAAAUCCGAUAUAUCGGGUUUUGCUUAUGCCCUUGAGAAUAGGAUUACUCAUUCGCUACACAGCCCAAGGUAUAAAGGCAUAAAUACAAAUCCCGCUUCCCGCAUUUUCGCAAGCUUUCAUUUUUCUCAAACAGUCAAGCGAUUCUAUAGUAUGUCUGCAGCUCCUCGUAUAUUGACAGUUGGCACAGGUGCAGUCGGUGCAAUCUACUCAUGGCGACUUGGUCAAUCUUCAGAGAUCACGGCCGUGUGUCGUUCAAACUAUCAAGCGGUUAAAGACAACGGUUUUGACAUAGAAUCUUUCAAGUUUGGAAAAGAUGUAUUUCGUCCUCAUGAUGUUGUUCGAAACGUUUCCGAGUGUGUAACAUCAAAACCCUUUGAUUAUGUCCUUGUCACCUUGAAGGCGCUACCAGAGGUUUAUAAUGUGGCAGAUAUCAUUGCUCCUGCCAUUAAAGAUAAAAAUACAGCUAUUGUAUUGAUUCAGAAUGGACUUGGUGUAGAAGAGCCCAUAGUUGAAAGGUUCCCAGAUAAUCCUCUUAUCUCUGUCGUCGCUUAUAUUGGCACUUCCCAGCAUGAACCAGGAAAGAUCAAGAUGCUUGGAAGCGAAAAUUUGAUUGUCGGAAACUAUUCAAAGGCAAAAUCAAACUCGGAUACACAACGAGCCAACUUUAUCGAGUUAUUAAAGAAAGGAGGAGUCGAUGUUCGUGUUGUUGAUGACAUAGAACAGUACCGCUGGCAAAAACUGUUUUGGAAUGCCUCUUUUUCUCCUGUUUGUACCAUCACCGGUAUGAAUACAAGUGAAGUGCUUGAGAGUAAAGAAGCCAUGAGUGCAGUAAAGUCGCUUAUGGACGAGGUCAUUUCAGCAGCUAAUGCUGAAGGUUACAGUUUUGAUAAAGAGCAACAAAUGAAAGAAAUGAUUUCUGCAACCAAAGCGACUGCCAAAAAUUAUAAACCUUCCAUGUAA